AUGGCGUUUGGACUCUAUUCCUUGCUGGAAGCAACUAUCCUCUGUUUAAAUGCUGUUUGUAUUUUGCACGAAGAGCGCUUUUUAGCGAAAGUUGGAUGGGCAGUUGACCAACAUCGUGGAUUUGGUGAAGAGCCUGGUGUGAAGUCACAGAUCUUGAACCUGAUCAGAUCCAUACGAACAGUCAUGCGGUUUCCCCUGAUUGGUGUCAACAUAGCAACAAUUAUAUUCAAGCUUCUGUUUGGAUGA